AGGCGAACUGAAAAAAUUAUAUGUAAAUAUGAUUAAAUUUGAUACUGAAAUAAAAUUCAAAUUUAAAAUUUUCAUAUUUUUGUUGUUUAAAAUACUAUUUUAUUAAAAAUCAUAUAUUGUCAUGCAUUUAUGACAUUUGUGUUUUAUAACGACAUUUUCAAUAGAUUUAUAAAUACACACAUAAUUUUACUAUAGUUUGUAAUUCUCAUUUUAAUGUAUCUAUUUAUGUAGAUAUAUUUUAGAAAGUAUGAAAUAAAGUUAUAAAAAAUGUAGAAUAAUCGUAAAAAUAAAAUAACAAAACUUGCAAAAGCUAAAGAAGAUAUUUUUUGCCUCUGAAAAUAGUAAGAAAGAUGAAACAAAUAUGUAUGGAAAUUACUUAUAUAAAAUAAAUACAAAUAUUUCUAAGUAAAACCUCUUAAACAUUAACUUUUAAAAAAGCUCUAAAACAUAAGCUAAUCAUUUUUUUUUUGUAAAACGGGGCCUUAAGAUUUGAUGUUUAUAUAAGGAGUCCGAGGCCAUUGCCUCUUUUUAAUAUGGGUAAGCACGACUCUGCCUACUGGUGUAUGUCUUUUAUUUUUGCUUGUCCUCUCUUUGUUUCCCUCCGAGCAUUGAACUCGGAGAUCAAACUUUUGAAAGUUAUUUCAAUGACAUAUAAAAAAAUCAAUGACGGGUUCAUUUUGGUAAGAAAUCCAAUCAUUAUCUCCACAUUUUCUUUUCCUUGCAUAUAUCUCACACUAUAAGAAAAAUCUUGACUUCCUUUUGGAAGAUAAAGAAACAAUGUAUUUCACUUUGGGAAUAUUAAUAAGAAUAUGGUUCAGUCCACAAGUAGUUUAUUAAUUUCUGUUAUUGUACUCCUAAUUUAAGUCUACAAAUGAUAAUUAUAUAUAAUCAUUGUCAUAUAUUUAUUUGGUAUAUGUAACUAUUAUUCACUGGCAUUACAUGUUACGAAUUGACCAAAAAAGAUAGUGUAACGAGCUAUUCCCCAUAACAAAUUUUAUUUUAACGAAUGCUUACAACAAUUUUUAUGUGGCAUGUAGAUAUAUAAAAGAAUAGCGAGAAAAUAAUAAAAUAUAAAAUAUGAUGUAAAUGAAUAUUUUUUUGGGGAUUUAGUAACAUUUCAUGUUUCUAGUUUUGAAAAAUUGUUUAUAAUAUGUCUAUUCUUUUUUUUUUGAGCAACAUAUAUGUCUAUUCAAUUCUGAAAUUUUCUGUAAACAUAAUAACUAAAUAUAUUAGUGGCAUAAUUGUAAUAUAUUAUAUUUAUAACUUAUUUUUUAUUUUCUUUGAGAUAUAUAAUUACCUAUUUAAACUAUGUAUGCCAAAUCAGCGCUAUGACUUUAGAUUUUUCUACUUUUAAUUUAAUAUAUAAGGGGAAUCGUUCUCUCAAUCAGGACAAUUGUUAACCAUGUCUUUUCGAGGCGAUGGAAUCGAUGAUGAAACGCCUCUCUUCUGGAGUCCGGAAUAUAUUUUUGAGUUACCGGAACCAUGUCUUCCAUUAAGGCAGCCACAAAAUCACCAACAGCAAGCCCUUCAUGGACAACAACAAGGCAUUUCGCAUGAGUCUUGGUUACGAGGAAAUCUAUUAAAUGUGCGUUCAAGGAACCAAAUAGGGAUGGGUCAACGAAUCGGACAAGGAAAUGGAGUUGAACACCCAACUAUGUCUUAUUUUCAUGAGUUUCCAAAUCAUCUUCAAGAGAUACAACAAGUAAGUUCUGAUGCAUUUGGUUCACUGUUUCCUCAACACUUCCAUCGUUUUUCAGAUGAUAACCUUCCAGUUAUCACCACAAACAUAACAGCAACUUCUCUAAAUAGACAACAACAUUGUCUUUGUGCUCAUACUCUUUCAACUAGAGAGCCUCUGUUAAGCAACCAAAAUCAUAAUUAUUAUGAUUUGAAUCAAUUUUUGGCGGUGAAUACAGAGCAUUCAAGUCACAUAGGCCCGAGCAAUCUCAUUCCAAAUGGGUUACAUAAUUAUAUGCCUUAUCAGACGUAUGUCCCAAUCACUUCGGCUUUUACCAUAAAUGGACAGCAACUGCCCCCAUCGGUUUUAGCCAUUCGGCGUAAUGAAGCUCACAAUCUAAGGACGGUUAACAAUUCAGCUAGGCAUCAUGUCAUUAUGCAAAGAAGGGUGCAUCAGUCCUCAUCAAGUUUUCGGGUUUCCAGCUUAUACACUCUGCUGCGUAGACGUCCAAGGGCAAACUCAAGCAAACCUCCACAAAAUGAAGUUAUAGGAUCUCGGCGAAGAACUUAUGAAAGUCGGUUUCAAUUUGGGGAACCAUCUUCUUCUACUCGACGCAGGAGGACUACACCAGCAGAUGGAAGUGUUGGUUCAACUGCAAUCAAUCCUACUGGAGAAAGGAGAGUAAAUGGACUGUACGAUCCAGAAUACCAAAGACAAGGUCUAUGUAUUGACCCUCACUUGAGAAAUUUUCUCAAUCAAUAAAUGGUUGUUGAUCUAUCCUCAAACCUUCAGCAAGUGAAAGGAAUCUAUAGGUCAUUGAUCUAUCCUCAAGACUUUGAAUAAAUGAAAGGUUUUAUGUUUAAUGGUGUGUUGUCAUGGUCCCUCCUUUUCUUUUUCUCUAUGGUCUUUAGUUUUAUCUUGCGUCAGCGUCAAGUGGACUUGUUGUUUAAAGGUUGAUGUCAGUUUACAUUAUGGUAUUGUACCCUUAUCUUACAAUCGUUAAACCGUGGUUUGUUUUUCUUCUGCCUCCAUCGCUUUCUGAUCACAUCUCUGAGCUAA